AGCACGUCCGCACCAAACCCAGGAAGCCCUUUGUCACAGGCUUAAAGAUGAAAGCAGCUCUUUGCACCAUCGCUUUUCUGCUUGUCUUUGAAUUUUGUGGCAGCAGCAGUGUCUCGUGUCAGGGAGAAGAAUGUCAAUUGACGGAUAUAAAAUUAGAUGCCCAAAAUGCACCUCCCGCUCCACUGGGUACCUGUUUGGUUAUGGGUGACCCACAUUACAGCACAUUUGAUGGAAGUUACUACAACUUCAUGGGAAACUGCACCUACAUCGUUGCCAAAAACUGCCUUGCAGAUGCUGAAUAUCCAGCAUUUCAGAUUAACACCAAGAAUGAACGCAAUGGCAACACACAAAAUACACUGAUUUCUGUGGUCACUGUUUUAGUGUAUGGCAACACAAUCACCUUCAACCGGCUUGAGAAUGGGCUUGUAAAGAUUAAUGAUUCAUUUUGGAACUUUCCAAUCUCUUUGGACAAUGGUCGUGUGAAACUCAAGGCAAGCAGCCUCUCAGUAACCAUGAAGACAGAUUUUGGCCUGACAGUUCAGUACGACUGGGAUCAGUAUCUGGUAGUGAGUGUCCCAGAGAGCUUUAAGGGAAAGAUGUGCGGUAUGUGUGGGAACUUCAACGGGAAGAAAGAGGAUGACCUCACUACUCCCAGUGGCAGUGUAGUAAGCAGUGUUCCAGAACUGGGAAAGAGCUGGAGAGUAUCAGGCUCCCCAGGAGAAAAUUUCUGUCAUGAUGAGUGUCCAGGGCAGUGUCAGAGUUGUGAGAGUGCUUCAUGGUUCACCCGCAUGAAUGCAAAGCUUAGCUGUAGCAUUGUCACACUUCUCACAAAAGGACCUUUGAAAAACUGCAAGAGUGUCAUUGAACCCAAUGUCUUCUAUGAGAAUUGUCUCUACGACUACUGCACUGGCAAAGAUGUCAGCAAUUUCUUAUGUCAAACUGCUGAGAUAUACACAGAUGCCUGUAGGCAAGCUGGUAUACAUGUUCAUAACUGGAGAGGCCUCCUUGGGUGCCCUAACCCUAAUUGCCCAGCAAACAGUCACUUUGAGUCCUGUGCCUGUCCUGCUACCUGUGAGAAUCCCACUCCUUCUGCUGAAUGUAAAGCAAACUGUGUAGAGGCUUGCACUUGUGAUGAUGGAUACUUCUGGAGUGGAAACAAGUGUGUCCCUAAGAAUCAGUGUGGCUGCAUGUACAAAAGUGGAAGUGAGGAACGUUACCUACAAGCUGGAGAAUCCAUCUGGGCUGAUAACAUCUGCAGCAAAAAAUGCACCUGCGAUUCAAGUAAUGGUCAGGUCGUAUGUGAAAACACAAGCUGUCCACUUGGAACUGCAUGCUCUGUUGUUAAUGGAACCAGAGGCUGCCAGAAAGUACCAUACGCCUCUUGUAAUAUCUAUGGAGAUCCUCACUACAACACGUUUGACAACAGCACCUACGACUUCCAGGGCACUUGUACGUACACUGCCGCUCAGGGCUGCCACCUGGAGGGAACACAACUCACUCCAUUUGAAGUUGUAGUAGAGAAUGAGAAAUGGAAUGAGAUCCAAGCCAGUCCAAAUGUCUCUAUGGCCAAGGUGGUCGCUGUGGAGGUGUAUGGCAUGACUAUAAUUCUUCGAAGAAAUCAGCUACAUCAGGUCAUGAUUAAUGGUGUCUUAACCAACAUCCCUGUAAGUCUCAAUGAUGGUGAAGUGAUAGUCCAGCAGGAGGGUUAUCAUAAUGUAAUCAUUACAAACUUUGGUCUAAGAGUGGCCUAUGAUAUGGUUUAUCAAGUUAUCAUCACACUCCCUGGCACGUAUGCAGGAAAAACCUGUGGCAUGUGUGGAAACUUUAAUGGUAAUAAGAACGAUGAGUUCCUGCUGCCAGAUGGGAAAGAAACCAAAGACCUGAAAACAUUUGGAGCGGCUUGGAAUGUAGCUGUUCCUGGUGUUGUGUGUGAUGAUGGCUGCAGUGGUGACUUCUGUCCAAAGUGUCCUCAAAAUGAGAAACUUGCAUUUGAAAAGGACUGUAGUAUUAUUACCAACCCUGAAGGUCCAUUUGCUGCCUGUCACAGUGUAAUUAACCCUGAAUCCUACUUCAGAGAUUGUGUUUAUGACGUCUGCAUGAGCGAGGGAGAUCAACAUAUGCUGUGCCACAGUGUCGCAGCGUACAUGACUGACUGUCAGACCUUUGGAGUCAAGGUUAAAAACUGGAGAACGCCAACAUUCUGUCCUUUAACAUGUCCUGCAAACAGUGUCUAUGAAAUCUGUGCAAAAGCAUGUGACACACCUUGUCCUGGCCUUUCUGGUGUAAUGAAGUGUAAUAUUCAGACCUGUGCUGAAGGCUGCAUGUGUGAACCUGGAUUCUUUAACAAUGGGACUGGCUGCAUUACAGCAGAUCAGUGUGGCUGCUAUGAGAAUGGACGCACCUAUAAGAUUAAUGAGACCAUCAUCACAGAUAACUGUCUAGAACGUUUGACCUGUCUUCCAUCUGGCAAAUUAAAACACGAAAGCAUCAGUUGUGGCAGUAGUGAGGUCUGCAAAGUUAAGAAUGGCGUUCGUGGAUGCUACCCAAGGCAGUGCCUGUUGGAGUCUGGCGGCUCCUUUAGCCUUUUCAGUGGAGAAACCUGGACCAUCGCGUCUGUAGGAGCCUACGAGUUAGUGAAAGUGUGUAAUGGUACACUUGAAGCAGAAUGGUUCCGGGUGGUGGUUGAGUUGGGACCUUUCGGAAGUGUUGUGGCCGUGUACGUCUACUUUGAAGAGGUCUUCAUUACUCUCACCAGCAAGCAGGCCACUUGGAUCAAUGGAAAACCUGUCACUCUGCCACAGCAGCUGAACAAUGAAGUGAUAGUUCAGUUGACUGAAGAUAUACUCACUAUUGAAAAGAAGGCUAGCUUGAGAGUGUCUUUCAGUCUUUCACUUGGGCUUGUAGUGAGUGUGAGUGAUGAAAUGGCGCAAAAGGUGUGUGGCGCCUGUGGAAGUGACACCAAAGUAUUCAAUGUCCAGCGUCAAGGCGUUCAGGAAUACUUCGCUUUAUGGAGAGCACUUGACUUUCCAAGUGCCCUUUGUUAAAUACACUGUUUGAUAUGAUGACAAGGGCAUAUCUGCCAGUUGACUUUGCUUUGAUUUAACAUUUAAGGAAUUAAGGGAGAAUAAUGCAAUCAUUAAAUAUUUAGAGAAUUGAAACAAACAGUAAUCUUUUUGCUUCAGUUAAGAUCUAAAUCCAUAAGAUUUUGCAGUGUAAUGCUGAAACACAACUUCACUCACAGGUUACUUGAUUUACUCAUUUUACCAAAACCAUAUUUUCAUGGCAUUUCCAAAUAAAGAUUUUUAUCAUCACCUUCA